GCCUGCUGCUCUCGAGUGGAGGGUGUUUCUGUGACUCCAUCCAAUCACGUUUGCAGACAUGACAGAGCAGUUGGUCCCACUGGAAAUCCCUCGACACUAGCAACACUUUUGUUAGCCUACCAGAAAAAGAGGACAUACUCCAAAGAUUGGCUGCCAACAAUUCAACGUGUAUAUCUCAAAGGGUCAAACAACACGGGAAAAUGUAUUCGAACAUGCAUAAAUAAUAUUCACUGUUUUUAACUCGCUAACUGAGAACAGCUAGCAAAUAGGUCCAGAAUAACAGCUAGCUAAAAUAUGGCUACCACUAGUGAGCUAAGACAAUACCGACGUUCCACAGUGAGUGUCAAGCAGGAGCAGGACGAUGACUCGGACACCGAGGAGUCUAAUUUGGGGAUUAAGAAAUCGGAUGGACGAGAGUCACAGAUAAUCCACAGUGGUCAUUUCAUGGUGUCCUCGCCGCACAUUGAACACCCACCAAAAAAAGGCUACGACUUUGACACAGUCAACAAACAAACCUGUCGGACGUAUCACUUCGGGAAGACCAGCACAUCACAUCUCUCCAUUGACGCGUCAUUAACAAAACUUUUCGAAUGCAUGACCCUUGCAUACAGCGGCAAGUUAGUGUCACCAAAAUGGAAGAACUUCAAAGGCCUGAAGCUGCUGUGGAGAGACAAGAUUCGUCUCAACAACGCUAUCUGGAGGGCCUGGUACAUGCAAUAUGUGGAGAAGCGAGACAACCCUGUCUGCCAUUUUGUCACUCCUCUGGAUGGGACCAUGGACAUAGAGGACCAUCGUCCGGCAGAGGCAAUAGCCACAGAGGGGAAAUAUUGGAAAAGAAGAAUUGAAAUUGUAAUUCGAGAGUAUCACAAGUGGAGGACAUAUUUCAAGAAAAGGUUACAGAAGCACAAGGAUGACGAUCUCUCAAGCCUUCUCAAGGGGCCAGAGGAGCAGUUUUUGCUGUUUGGGGAGAUCUUUCCAGACACAUUCCGUGUGUCCCUUUGUCAGGAUGAGGAAAUGGCCGUGCGCCGAGUUGCUCGCAAAAGCCGUGAGUCGCCUGUCCCCAUGGAGAUGGACCCACUCUUUGACAUGGACGUGCUGAUGUCAGAGUUUUCUGACACACUCUUCUCCACGCUGGCCUCCCACCAGCCCAUGGCCUGGCCCAAUCCGAGGGAGAUAGCUCAUGCAGGGAAUGCAGACAUGAUCCAGCCUGGACUCAUCCCCCUACAGCCCAACCUGGAUUUUAUGGACUCCUUUGAGCCAUUGCAAGACUUAUUUCACAGCCUCCGUCAGCCCAUCUUCCCCCCUGCUUCCCUCACUGCCUCAUCCGUCACUCCUCUACCCAGCAGCAGCUCUCAAUCCCAGGGCCAGCUUCUGUCUUCCAUGCACCUCUCAGCUGACCUACCGUCCAUCAGUCAUGACCACAGACUCGUCUCCCCAGCCCCCCUGCCUAUCUCCUCCCUCAUGGCCAAUCAAACCAGUGGGACCGAUGAAGGUUCCUCCUAUGUACAGAACUACAUGCCUCUAUUCACUGCGCCAGUGCCCCCCAGUGGUCAGGCUGGAGGCUCCUCCCUCAUGCAACCCUCAGCCCCUCCCACGAUGCCACACACCCAGCCCUGCCAAUGUUCUGUCACAGCAACAUCAGUAGCCCCCCCACCCCUGGACGAUGCUACAAGCCUGGACGGUUCCCCACCCCCAUCUGUCAUCACACACACCGCCUCCUCCAUUGUUACACCCAGUGAGGCUGCCACCACCUUCAGUCAGGGUUCUGAGCUCAGCUCCUUAACCCGGACUCCUCCACCACCACCACCCCCCCUCCAGCCCCUGGCACCCUCACCUGCCAUUCCCCUCCAACACCCCCAGACUUUUGCCCUGCCCAGACCCAUCCAGCCUUCUUGCUCCAGCAAAAAGACAUGCCAUGUGCAAAGGAUAGUUCCUGCCAAACCCAUCCCCUCAUCUCACCUCAUCCUUACAACCCCCUUCCCAGUGCAUACCAGUGCAGUGAUUGUUACUCCAACUCCCCUGAAAGCAGACGUGGUUCCCUCAACUGGCGUGGUCAUCGCCUCCUCAAGCCUACCAAGGGCUCCUGGAUUUCAUAUCCUUCCACAGACUCCGAAGUCACCCCAGCUCAUUAUCAAUAAAGAGGACUGUACUGGGCAUGAGGAGCAUGGCUCAGGUCAGGGGUCACCGUGUGGGUCAGAGCAGGUCUCCAGUCCUAAGUCUCCCCUCAGCAGCAGCAGCACAGCCCUCUCUAAGAACGAGUCCAACCAGAGCCGUAGGGUGACCCACAUCACUGCUGAACAAAAGAGGCGCUUUAACAUCAACAUUGGCUUCAAAACACUGAGCAGCCUGGUUCCUACUCUCAAGUCCCAGUCCAAUAUCAGUAAUGCUGGCACGCUGCAGAAGACCGUUGACUACAUUGCGAAGCUGCAGCAGGAGAGGCAGCAAAUGCAGGAAGAGACCAAGAGGCUACGGGAGGAGAUUGAGGAGAUCAAUGCCUCCAUAAAUGUGUGUCAGGAGCAGCUGCCUGCUACUGGAGUGCCUAUCACACGCCACCGCUUCGACCACAUGCGGGAGAAGUUUGAUGAGUAUGUGAAGAGCCGCACACUUCAGAACUGGAGGUUUUGGAUUUUCAGCAUCAUCAUUAAGCCCCUGUUUGAGUCCUUCAAUGGGACGGUCUCCACCACAAGCAAAGGGGAGCUCUGCGAGACCACACUGCAAUGGCUGGACUGUCACUGCUCCCUGCCUGUGCUGAGGCCCAUGGUCCUGAGCACUCUCCGGCAGCUCAGCACGAGCACAUCUGUCCUUACUGACCCUAACCUGCUGCCUGACGAAGCCACCCAGGCUGUCACCAACACCCACAGGCACUCUGCAGACUCCUAGCCGCACCCUCAGGAGAGAGGAAGCGGAAGAAGGGUUCAGAUAGAGGGCAUGGUCAUAGUACUCUCUAGUAGAGCCCGCCACUGAGGGCCCCUACCACAAACUCCUCUAUUGUAUGAAAAAGCACCAGCACUAGUUUGCCUUAGAGUAACCUCUUUGGAUUACCUUUGUCUUCCACCCUAUCCAUCAGAACAGGACAUGAUGUUUAGGGUCUUUUUGUGCGUGACCUUAUCCAGCUCACUGACCUAUCAUUCCUACACAUCGACUGGGCUUUGCUGUCAACAACCCAGGCUCGGUGCAUUACUUUGGAGGAUUGAUACACACAACCUAUGGAACAACUUUACAGCAUCUUUUGAACACAGCAAUAAUGUAGGUGCUUAUAUUUGUCCUAUUUCACACAUGUACAAGUGUGUAUUAUACGCAUGUGUGAAUUGGAAUUGUGUUUUUUGCAUAUCCCAACUCCCCCUGGGACACCCUCUGAGAGUGGGGUCAUGGCCAUGUUCAGCCAUUGUAAAAGGCGACCCUGGAGCAAUUAGGAUUACGUGCCUUGCUCAGAUAUUUUUCACCUUGUUGGCUCAGGAACUCGAUCUAGCAACCUUUCAGUUACUGGCCCAGAGCUUGAACCGCUAGGCGACCUGCUGCCCUUGUUGCUCUUUUGUUAAUGUAACCUUCAACACUGCUGACAGGAGAACUACCAGCUUGUUUUCAGGCUCACUUCCGCAGACAAAUAACAUGGCGCUUCAACCAUUUAGCAUACUUGCUAAUUUUUGUUUUAUCUUUUUGUUUUUAUUCAGCUCUUAAAUUAUUUAAGGUAUAAGAUGGCCUAUGAACUGUCUUAAAAGGGAAAUAUCUCUUGAAGGAGUUGAGUGAGAUUCAGUUGGUUCUGUUGUUUACUCUGUUGUAUGACGAUGAGUGUGGAUACAUUGAGCUUGCCAUCAAAAAGCCUAUAAAACAAACCAAAAGCUUAGCGUUGAUUGGCAGCAUGCUUUGAGUACCAUGAAAGCCUUCAACAGUAACUAUUUGCUACUGGCCUUUCAUUCUCAUCAUUCAGCUCAUAUGCAUCUGGUGGGAGGGAGGGUGUCCCAGUCCUUUGUGGACAGACGUCCUGGGUAUUCUACCCUUUUCUUGGGGGGUUGUACUGAAUCAUACCAGAAGUCUAAUAUCCUCAGAUAAUGUUAAGCCAAGGGUUAUCCAUGGAAUAGUAUUCACCUUUCACUUAAGGAAAAUGCAUUUUUACGGAAUGGACCCUGAGUGGUCCGAAGAUCAAAUGCGACGCACUUGGUGGGCACACUACACUCACUGUACAUUUAACAUCAUACGCUGCAGCCUACCUUCCAUUCAGUCAAUUAAACAAAGAAACGUUGUGUUAUAGGAGCAUUCAAACAUUAUGUGGUGAAUGUUGCUAUUUUCUUUUUGUUCCGCUAAGGGAGGCGCUGGUGAGUGUUUAUGCUGUACCCUUUAACCAAACAAACACAUUUAGGAUACAUUAAGCUGAAGACAAGCGUCGGCCAUAAGCAUACAGGUUACAUAGCGUAUGUAUGUUCUAUAUUUGUUUCUCAUAAUCAAGCUAGCCUUUCAAAGAUGCAUGUCUCUCCUAGUUCAGAGCUUAUUUGUCAAAGAUGCAACUUUUAUAGGCCAUAUUGAAAUUAAUAUAGGAACAUACAUUUUACGCCCCUCUCCUUUAUUAGUCUUGGAACCACCAACCUACGUUGUCACAUUGUGGGAGGCAUCCCAUCUGUCUAGAGACUACUCCUUUAUGAGAAAUGCACCCCAGAACGGUACAUGCAUGGAUACUGUAUUACUGUUGCAGUGUGAUAUUUUGUGUCUUAUUUUUUUGUUUGUUAUGUCUUAGCACAUUUUGUGUAAACUCUCCUCAGGAAGUCUAAUGAUUUUUCUGUAUUUAUUACUUGAUGCACAACAACAGUUUACUUUGAAUGAUGUCAAAUCUAGCAGCAUUGGUUGUAUAUUUCAUGAAUGUAUAUUUUAUGGGGGUUUUAUAGUGUGCUUUUUGAGAGGCCUUAGUACAUGUCUUAACUGUGAUCACUUAAUUUUUGCACCCUUUGCUACUCUACGAGUGGAGUCCCCUUUACCCGAUGACUGGGGACUAUAUUAUUGUUACAGAUCAAGAUUCUGAGCCCCACAUGUACAUUAUUGUCCAACUCAGACAGCAUUAGGGCUAAUCACAGCUAACAUUCAUCUAACGUCAUUCAGAUCAAACGUUUUAUUUCUGUUCCAUUCUAAGAGAAUUGGAGCUAUGCAAAUAAUCAAAGGGCAAGAGCAGAUGGAUGUCAUGAUGAUUUAAACUUGUUUUGUUUGCAAAGCAGUUACUAUGUGGGAAAUAUUCCUCUGUCAAGAAUCAUGACAUGGUUUAAGUUCUAAAACAAGUAUUAACAAUUUUGUCUAAGGAAGAUUUCAUUUAUGAGAUUACUUUUUGGAAGUCCUUGUCUGUUUGUUCCCUCUGAGAAGUUAGUGUUGUAAAUAUUUUCUUUCUUGUAGUAAAGAAAAUAGUUUUUUUUCCUA